AUGAUAUACGGUGCUAGUGCAAAAGCCAGUACACAGGUUAUGUGCCAUAUGGCCAAUCUUCCUCGUAUGGAAGAUCGUGUCACCAUCCUCCAAGCAAAAUUCAUCCUUCGUGCCCAUAACCAACCAUCGGAUAGUCUAUUACAUCAGCUACGCCAAAUCAUCACACCAAAGCGUACUGGAACAUCCUCAUGGCGCUCACUACUACAAAACAACAUCAUUUGGAUGGAUUUACCAUCACCUCGAUCAAACACCAAUCGCAACCAAAUGAAAGGAGCAAUUCGCACAUUCCUCCACAAUCGACUUCAGAUAUACAAGGCUAGACGCGGUACUAAGCUACUCAACGCAUGCAGACCAUUUAAUGGGAUUGAUCCCAUCCUAUGGCUUCCCAUGUCAAUCAAUGAAAGAAGCAGGUGCGUUCGAUGGCGCAUUGGUUGGCUACCAGGUGGAAAACCCAAACCCUGUCCAAGAUGCCGUGAACAAAAGGGCACUGUACGAAACCAUCUUAUCCAUUGCCUUAACAUGCAUGCAAGGCUUAAGAUAUCCAAUCACAUUGAGGACCCUCUUUCGUGGAUUUUAAAUCGUCUCCCAAAAACUCGUCCUCGUCGCAGCAAUACACGACAUUAUUGGUGCUCGAUUUGGCCAGCAGUUUGUCUCAUUUUAGACGAUCUUGAAAACAUACAACACCCUGAGUAUGAGCCUCAGUCCAUAUACUCAGAAGAUCCCCCUGGUCAUCGCUUGGUACAAUGGUUAUCACAAGAGUCUACUGCCAUACCAUCUCCUUCUGAUUCAUCUCAAACUGCUUCUCGCUAG